CUGUCGUGCAUGUGGAUCUAUCUGUAUAUCUUUAUCUCAUUCUCAUAAGUGAGCACACACAAGGGAAAAAUAUACCAAUAUCAACAGAUACAGACUAUAUGAAGUUUCAGGACCACUUAGUGUGUCAGCAAGUGACAAGACUCUUACAGCUCAUUCCUUCUUCUUCCUUUUCCUGCGCGAUCAACAUGCAGACUAUCUUAAGUUACAAUAGUAUAAGGUGGCAGCGAGUGACAAAACUCUUACAACUCAUUUUCCCUUCCCCUUCUCUGCGCGUCACUGUGCCGGUAAGGAUGAAUGCCUCUGCGUGCCUUGCGCCUCUGCUCACCAAGGAGGAACAUCUGCAGUGGGCUGAGAGGAUCAAGCCACAUCGGCCGCACUGUGUUUCGGUGUACAACAACCUGGUACAGCAUGGAAAGGGUCUGGUCUCUCACGACACCUUCUACGUGCUGCGGGACCGGCCAGGCUCAGUCAUGGUACUGCGCAAGAAUGAGAUAAUCCCACACACACAACACAUCGGAAUAUUUUGUCUAAAGGAAGAAGUUAGCGCUCUUAUAGAAACCCUGAGGUCUUCAUCCCUGAUUGAUUGGGAGUGUGCGAGGAGGACCGAUCUUCUCAUCGAACACGUCCCUUCCUACGCUGCCGAGCCCUUGGUGGGACUCAUGCAGGAGAAGGGAGUGAAUGUCCAGUUAAUGACAUUCUUGACUUACAUCUAUGAAGCUCACUUGGACACUCAUACACUCAGGAUGAAUGCCUCUGCGUGCCUUGCGCCUCUGCUCACCAAGGAGGAACAUCUGCAGUGGGCUGAGAGGAUCAAGCCACAUCGGCCGCACUGUGUUUCGGUGUACAACAACCUGGUACAGCAUGGAAAGGGUCUGGUCUCUCACGACACCUUCUACGUGCUGCGGGACCGGCCAGGCUCAGUCAUGGUACUGCGCAAGAAUGAGAUAAUCCCACACACACAACACAUCGGAAUAUUUUGUCUAAAGGAAGAAGUUAGCGCUCUUAUAGAAACCCUGAGGUCUUCAUCCCUGAUUGAUUGGGAGUGUGCGAGGAGGACCGAUCUUCUCAUCGAACACGUCCCUUCCUACGCUGCCGAGCCCUUGGUGGGACUCAUGCAGGAGAAGGGAGUGAAUGUCCAGUUAAUGACAUUCUUGACUUACAUCUAUGAAGCUCACUUGGACACUCAUACACUCAGGGUCCCGGCUGGUUUCCGUGUGUGCAGGCUGGGAAGCGCAGGCGUGCGUCACCUCUUGGAGAAUGCUAAGUACGGUGGAAUACCCUUGGACCUCAUGUACCGGAUGGCAGAGGGCGUGCCUUAUAUAGGAGUGUACCAGGACCCAACCAGUGCACACGAGGCAACGGUAGACCCAGAGAAUCUUCCUGUUGCUGGAGACGAGGAGAUACCAGUGGCUUGGAUUUGCUCAGCUCCCAUAGGAGACAUAGGCAUGUUGAUAACAGACAAGAGGUUAAGGAGACUUGGGUUCUCGAUGAUACUGACAACGACAUUAGCGAGGAUGCAAGCUGCCCUCAUUGGUUUUAUUCCACAUGCGUACAUUGAUAUGGACAAUUAUGCCUCCCAAGCGGUAGUAGCAAAGUUUCCAGCCAUUAUGACGCAUGAAAGUAACUGGAUGAAAAAAAUCCCGAAUCUUUAUAGCUGAAUCAUGAAUGUCUCAUUAUCAUUAUAGUGGUCCACGAGACUGUAACCUUUCCACCAGGAGCCAAUGGGGAUAAAAUGUGUAUGUAUGAAUGUGUGGUAUUUUCUGUGUUAUGAAGCACCGCUGUGUGGAAUUGUUGGUUUCUGUAUAUAGACAGAUUAUUCAUUCAUAUAAGGCAGUGGUUCCCAACCAUUUCAAGGGGUCCAUAGAGAUUCUACUUAUUUUGAAAUUUAUUAUACUGGAAUUAGGAGACAUGCGGCUCACAAUAAAAUUCAUACUACUGUACACAAUCCUUAAAACUGAAUGCUUAAAUGCUAGAAUUGCUCUACAUUAUCUAACGAUAUCAGGGGUGUCAAACACACGGCGCACGUGACAAAUUUGGCCCUUGGGAUGGUCAUCAGUGGGCUGCGAGAUGACAGGAAGAUUUUAGUUUCGUUGAAGGGAUCCACAGCUGAAAAAGUGACUGGAAAAGGGGGAACGGGACAAAAACGUUGGGAACAACUGAUAUAAGGGGACUGGCCAAACUUUGAAUAGACAAACUGAUAGCAUAUAUUGAUGAAAAAUAGUAUGUAUUAAGAAUAAUAUUCAUGAAUGGGUAUAUGAUAUCAUGUUAAAAAAAAAGAUGUAAGGUAAAAGACAUUUAAAUAAAGCCUUUAAUAAACGUAAGAGAAAAGUA